AUGGAGGGAUAUGAGAGUGAGAAGCAAACUGAGCAGCACGAUGCCGCAAGCAAAGCCAAUCUUCACUUCACUCAACCAAUCCGUUGUAUAGUAAAACUUGGUGGAGCUGCUAUCACUCGCAAAACUGAAUUAGAGAUGAUAAAUGAGGAAACUCUUCAGACGGUAUCAGAACAGCUUAGGCAAGUGAUGAUUGCAUCUUCGGCAAAGCCUCCUGGCAUGGAUUGGAGCAAGAGAACUGGAAAACCAGACAUUUCUUGUAACCCUGAAGAGUUCGGCGACCAUUCACUUCUUGACUGUAGGCGCUUCAUUGUUGUUCAUGGAGCAGGUUCUUUUGGGCAUUUUCAAGCUAGCAAAUCUGGAGUCCAGAAAGGACAAUUGCAUAAACCACUUGUCAAGGGUGGUUUUGUUGCUACACGGAUUUCUGUAACCACCCUAAAUAUUGAAAUUGUUAGAGCACUGGCCAGAGAGGGUAUUCCUUCAAUUGGAAUGUCUCCAUUUUCAUGUGGAUGGCUCACCAGUGAGAGACAUAUGACCUCAACAGAUUUUUCCAUGGUAGCUAAAACAGUAGACUCUGGUUUUGUACCAGUUUUGCAUGGAGAUGCAGUGCUUGAUGAGAUUCAGGGGUGCACUAUUUUGAGUGGAGAUGUCAUCAUAAGUCAUCUGGCAGCACAUGCAAAGCCAGAAUUUGUUGUUUUUCUUACUGAUGUCUAUGGGGUGUAUGACCGUCCACCAACAGAACCUGAUGCAGUACUCCUAAAGGAGAUAGCUGUUGAUGAAGACGGAAGCUGGUCUGUUGUGAAACCAAAGCUACAGAACUCAAUUGAGCUAACAGUCGCAGCUCAUGACACGACCGGUGGGAUGGCGGCAAAGAUAUCAGAAGCUGCAAUGAUAGCAAAACUUGGAAUUGAUGUCUACAUAGUCAAGGCAGCAACAAGCCACUCAUUGCGGGCCUUAAAUGGAGAUCUUAGAAGCAAUAUUCCAGACGACUGGCUCGGCACAGUGGUCUGGUCUCUCAAAUAGUACUGCCAUUUCCAUCAUCUUAUGCAUAUUUUUAAAAGCACACCUUUUGUUCUCAAUCACUUAUGAUAUGCAUGAGGUUUCCAGGCACUUCUCACAGAUUCCGGUCAUAUUGCAGUGAUAUUCUGCAUCUGAUAAAGUUUUCUAACUAUUCAACUGAACGUGGUUAUUUAAUUUUUUCCAGUUUUAUUACACCCAGAGAAUAUUAUUUGAUGCUAUUGGCUCGAGCGGCAUUUUAUUUUGGAUUAAAGUACAUAUUUGUCUGGAAA